AUGGUGGGUUCAUUCUAUGAUGUUUUCCUUAGCUUUAGGGGAAUUGAAACUCGUCACAGUUUUACUUGUCAUCUUUAUGCUGCCCUCUGUCGGAAAAAUAUUACAACAUUCAAAGACGAUAUUCUUGAAAGAGGAGAAGGGAUCUCGCCAGCCCUCAUGAAAGCGAUUGAAGAAUCCAAGAUUUCUGUAGUAAUUUUCUCAGAAAAUUAUGCAUCCUCUCGGUGGUGCCUAGAUGAACUAGUGAAGAUAAUUGACUGCGAGAAAAAAUUAGGGCGAAAGGUUUUACCCAUUUUCUACCGUGUAAAUCCUUCCGAUGUUAGAAAACAGACUGGGAAAUUUGGAGAAGCAUUUGGGAAAGUCAAAGAAAAUUCAAAGCACAGCUUAGACGUUGUGGAGAAGUGGCGCACUGCUUUGAUGGAAGCAGCCAAUCUAUUUGGAUGGGUUUCCAGCGACUACAGGUAAUUGUUUUCAGUAUUGGACUUAACUGGCUGGCUGGCUGGUUGGUUGAACUGUUUAAAUUGGGAACUAGACCGGGCAACUGGUUUGGUCUAAUUCAAUUUAUUUAUUUUAAUUAUCAAUAGAAAAAUAAAAAUUUUCAAAAUUUAAAUUAUUUUUAACCAGUUUUUUUUUUAAAUUAAUCUAAUUGCUUAAAUCUUUCAAA